AUGGGCAUGGGCUCCAGGGGACACACCUGGCUGCUACUGCUUCCAGUGCCGGUGCUGCUGCAGAGAAGGUCAGUCAUCCCCACCUUGGAGCUUGGAGAAGAUCCAGAGCCCUUUCCCAAACUCGUUGGUGAGCUGUUCGAUAAUAUGUGUGAUAACAUGUCAUUGACACAUUUAACCGGUGAACCUGGUGUGGGUAAAUAUCCAGAGGUUGGUUUGUUUUCUGUGGAAGAUCAUGAGAAUGGGAAAAUAAAUGUUCGCCAUCCCAUUGAUCGAGAAAGAACACCAUCUUUCAUGCGCUAAAACUCUGUGUCCCACAUUCGUUUCCAUGUUACCAAUCGCUCAACAGGGAAAAUCAUGGGUAGAUCCUUGAUUUUCAACAUCAGGGUCAGUGAGGUCAAUGACCACGCACCCCAGUUUCUAGAAAAGAGAUUUAACAUCAGGGUGAAGCAGAGCCAAGUGGCAGGUGAACCUGUUUUUCAGAUGUCAACAGUUGGUUUGGAUGAAGAAAACACUCCAAAUUCUCAAGUCCUUUAUUCCCUCAUUUCUCAAAUGCCACUGAAAGAGAGCAGCUUCUGGGUUGAUGGGAUUAGUGGUGAAAUACGACUCUCAGGAUGUUUGGAUUAUGAGUAUGUGGAAGUAGACUGCUCCUUUGUGUUACUGAUCAGAGCAAGACUUUUCGGGGAACCACAGUUGUCAUCCACAGCCACUGUUCAUGUCGUUAUGAAAGAACACAGGCCUGUGUUCACCCAGGAGAGCAUGUGGCACCUCACUCCCCAAAGCAGGACGGACCCUGAAUUCUGGGCUCAUUUAUACUGGGAGAUACAGAUUCCCAAAGGUUGAGUCAGCUGUGGCGUGCUGUGUCUCCUGGUUCAAGGCCGUGAUUUGACACUUAGAUCAGCUUGGAGAGUAAAGUUCAACAUAUGGGAUGGCAAUGAAGAGGGGCAUUUUGAUGUUUUGACUGACCCUGAAAACAAUGAAGGAAUUUUAAGCAUCCUCAAGCCUUUGGAUUACAAAACUCUCCCAGCAAGAAAGCUUGUCAUUUCCAUUGAAAAUGAGGAGUGGCUCAUCUCUUACGAAGGGGCCAAGCUUCAGAAGCCAGUAGAGACUGGGGCCAGAGCCACCGUGAGUAUGGAGGUGAUGGAAAUCAAUGAACCACCUGAACCAUCUGCCUUUCAACUGGGGGCCUUCAUCAUGAUUGGAGAGGACAGCACCAAGCUGGAAUUCAGCUGGGAAUUUUUAAUGCUACAGAUCUGGAUAGAAUUUCAAGCCGUCUAUAAACUGGUUCAUGAUCCAGCAAGUUAGGUCACCGCUGAUGAAAACUCGGGAGCAGUUACCACCAGGAAGCAAAUCAACUGAGAAUCCCCUCACGUGAAGGACAGCUUUUACCCCAUCCCUGUCCAUGCUGUUGACGAUGGUGAGUGUUUACCCGAAAUUGGGGAGAGUGGGUGUCCUUGCUUUCUGAGGGAAAACAACACGGGGGCCUGUUCCCGCUGGGUCGGGCCUGGCAACUCCUUGCUGCUCCUGAACCGUGUCUCCCUACCCCACCGCUCAGUCUACUUCCUCAACUUUGCCUUUGAUGUUCAGAGCUCCUAG